AUUCAAGAGGAGUCUUUGCCUUCCGACCACUCCAAUCAACCCAACACCAAUGAUGGCCCCGCACCCAUCACCCUCGAAACCGAAUUCCAACAAGCCUUCAAAGCCGUCUCCGCCUCACCCUGGGGAGCACGACUAGGCGGCUUCUUCGCCUCUGCAAAAAAGCAAGGAGAAAGUCUCUAUCAAGAUGCGCAAAAGGAAUACGCCAACCGCAGCGAACAAGCCGCCAAAGUCGCUGGAGAACUGCAAAAGAGUAUUGUGGAGAGCACGAGGAAUAUCAGUUUGAAUGCUGAGGGUGCUGCUGGAGCUGGUGCGAAUACUUCAUUCUCGGAUCCUACGUUUGCGUUGCCGGAAGAUGCGAGUGUGGAGAAGGGGAAACAGAAGGAGGCACAGUCAGAAGCACAACCAACAAGGCCGGACUCGUUACCAGCAGAUAUCGUCAAGGAAGCUACUUCGCUAGUGUCGCUGUUACGAUCUAAAGCCACGGCUGCGACGGCGAAUCUCAACCUCCAGAGAAUCCAAGCGGCGGAAGAUGCAGCAGAUGAAGCACUCCUCAAGUUCGGCACAAACAUAAAGUCUUUCCUGCGGGAUGCUGUUACCGUCACUGCACCCUCAGCUUCAUCAGAUAGCACAGAAGUGCUGUUUGAAACCAACGAUGCAGAAGGCAAGCGAGUCAUUCACUCCUCACGCUUCGAUGCGCAGUUGCACGUUAUCCACACGUCAGCUCAGAGCUUCACUUCCGACCCUGAUAGCGCCGAGUACGCCGAGUUUGCAAAGGAGUUCGAUAUUGCCGCAAAAACCGAUGCUAUUGCUGCAGAUUUGGAAAAGUAUCCAGAGCUUAGAAGGGCGAUGGAGAAACUCGUGCCCGAGAAAGUCGAGUAUGCCACUUUCUGGCUUCGAUACUACUUUUGCGCAAGAAGGAGAGAAGUUCUCAAAGGAGCAACCCAAACCACAGACGAAGACCUCACAUGGGGCUCCGACGACUCAGACGACGAAGAAGACAAAGCACCCACACCUACAAAAGAAAAGAUUCCCGUGCCUGCCACUACUGCUACUGCUCCUUCCACAACCACUGCCUCCACUGCAUCAACGCUCAAGCCUGAAACUUCUACUACCCAACAACAUGAAGAAGACAUCAAAUCCGUAUCCUCAAGUGACGCUUCUUACGACAUGGUAUCCGGAACAACCAGCCGAGCAACCGGCUCACCAAAAGAUGAAAAGAGCGAUAAGAUCGCAGCGGCAAAGAUUGACGAGGAGAGUGAUGAGGAGGAUUGGGAGUAG